AUGAGUUUAGAGAAAAAGCUCAUGAAAAGACUUGAGGGAGGGAAGUUUAGAAUGCUGAACGACAGAAUGUAUCAUGGGAAGGGGCUAAAGAAGAAGGACUUGAAGCUCUACCACGAGCUAUAUGAGGAGCAGGUGAGGCGAUGGCCUGCUAACCCGCUUGAUAUAAUAAUUGAGAAGAUAAAGGAGAGGGGAGGGGGGAUGACGAUAGCAGACAUAGGAUGCGGAGAGGCAAGGAUUGCCGAGGAGUUUGAGGAUGUGAUUUCCCUGGACCUCCAUCCUUCGAAGAAAGGGAUAGUGAAGUGCGACAUGAGCCGAAGGAUCCCGUUGGAUGACAAGAGCGUGGAUAUUGCAGUCUGCUGCCUAAGUAUGAUGGUCGAGAACAUUGCGGUUCCUACAAAAGAGGUCAAUCGGAUACUAAAAGAAAAUGGAUACUGGUACGUGGCCGAGGUCAAGAGUAGGAUACCUAGCAUAAGGCACCUAGAGAAGAAGUUUGAAACGUUUGGGUUUGAGACCAAGCAAGUUGAUGUGUCGAACGCACAGUUUGUUAUAUUUGUCUUGAAGAAGGUUCUUGACAAGAGCCCAAAGAGGCUUCCCCAGAUUAAGCUGAUGUCAUGGUUGUACAAAAAAAGAUAG